GGACCUAGGCUUGAGCUCCAACAUUUCUCAACAACAUGUGUGUGGCACCAGGUGGCACAAGUAUCAGGAUCAUGUGGAACCUAGACUCUCAUGAUAAAUCAUCCAGUUAUGAACGCUUGCAGAUUCAUUCAGAAGGCCCCCAUCUGUCCUAGCAUCUGUAGAUCUGCAGUGCAAUGCCUUCCAUCGCCCGGCACGAUCACUAGAUCGCUAUUGACGAAUCCGAUAUGUAACAAACCUUUUUGUUCAGCAUGUGGAAGGGCAUAUAUAAUUCGAGUCGCCACUAGGAAAACGAGUUUUAUUAACCAGGCCAUCUCGUCAUGUCUUCCAACGAGCUCAAGAACAUUUUAGACAACUUGAGCAAAGGGUCUUUCGACUCCGUCGCCUCAGCCACUCUCUUUACUCUGAGGGACGACUGCACGUUCCCUGAUGCGUAUCAAAUCACCAUCGCGUUGUAUGGCAUCGUAGACUCAGUUCAUCUCCAACGAGUCAAGCGCGGUCUCAUUGCUGAGCCCUUGCAGCAGGCUUUGGCUUUGCGAGGCCUAGCGUCAUUCAUGCCGUUCUGGCUUGGCCGCUCUGUUUACACUGCCAGAAUGCUUAACAUACUGACUUCCCGCUGGCCCAUCAUCCGCGAAUGGCUGCUUUUCCUCGGGACAGACUACGUGUACAAAGAAAGCAUCGAUAGAAGCAUGCGUAUUCUCGCCAAGCGAGCAAUCGUUGACUUCUUGGGAAUCUGCAGGCAUGAUAUGCUUGGGGACUCGCUUCCUAUCGUCCUGUCUAGCCCCGGAAUCGUAUCUUUGAUGUUCAGUCUGUGGGACUUAGAAACAAAGGAUCGUCAUUUCAGCUCCUGCGUGCAAGACGAUGACAUCCCUGGUCCACCUCCGAUCAUUCGCACUCCAGCCAUUCUAGAUUCCUGGAUGUGCACAUUUUCUGAGACGGAGACCUGGAAUUGGCACGAAAUCAUGCGCCCAUUCAAUAAUGACGGAGCGAGGAUCGCUGCCACAGCUCUUGAUCAUCUAGAGCACGACCUCGCACAGCACCCUAUUGAUUACGAUUUAAUUAUCUGGGAUAUCCACCUUCUGACCUCCCUUUCUGUAAACAACACGGUCCGCAUUCCAUUACUUAUGCAACACUCCAUGCAGAAAACAGCAGGCGUUAUUGCUACCAUGGUAUCUCAGCGGCCUCACUGCAUCAAACGCCACUUAGUGGCUAAGGCCAUUUCGUACGCGUGUUGGUAUAUCAGGGCGUAUGUGGAAGACACGGAUGGGCUACCCUGGAUUUCCGAGGUCCUCGAGGCAGGUCUGUUGCCCUCGCUGCUAGCGGUUGAGCCGUGGGUUAGAUACCUCAAGGAUAAUAAUGACGAAGACUGGGAGCCACUCUGGCUUCUUCUCUCGACCAUUUUCCCCAAGUAUGCGAUUUUUCGUUCCGUGCUCAAAGUGAUGGGUCGGUCUAUCAAGGCCAUAAACGCCGUUAAGGCCGUGGAUAGGCCAAAGCCGGGUGGUCCAAUGUACAAACACUGGUCCACAUUGGAGACACUUGUGAUGACCCGACUUAACUUGUUAGAGACUGAUGACGUCGACGAGGCACAUGUUGAUUCUUGUCAAAGUUCAAAGUGCAAUAAAUCGGGAGCAGCGGGCACCUUCAAGCGCUGCGCUGGUUGCCUUCACGUGCAUUACUGUAGUAGGGAAUGUCAAAUUUAUGAUUGGAAACAAGGCGGCCAUCAAACAUAUUGUCGCGGAAUACAAGCUCGCCGUGCCAAAGGAAUCAUGUCCCGUAUUUCUACUCGUGAUCUCCGUUUUCUCGACCGCGUCAUUGCAUCUGAUCUCUCGUAUCAUAACGAGCGAAUCUCCAAGGCAGCGACAAUACAUGCUCCGGGGCCUGCUGUCGUUGAGAUUGAUUAUACCUGCAUCCCUUUCCGCAUCGGUGUUGGCUCUACAGAAUCCCUCCCUGUGCCAGACACCUGCAAGUGCGACAGGUUGAUGCAACAAAAGUGGGACACUAUGGUAGAGUUGGCACGGAACAGCAAAACGCCGGGGCAGAAGCUUUUGAUUCGUGCUUUCAUUCCAUGUGGGUCUGCUCCAAAAGUAAAAUUGCAGCUCAUCCCAAUCAAACGGAUCAUCCCCGGUUAUGACCCGACCCAGGACCACGAUCCCGCUGAAGCUAGUGACACGUUCGAUCACUUGUAUUCGUGCGCGGGGAUCUCUUUUACCAUCGUUGAUCAUUCAUACCCCGUGGAGACUCUGAGGCUCAUGAACAAGGAGAUGGACGCGUUGACUAUUGAAGGAAAGGAAAAUACCACUGACCCGGCCCCAUCGGCUUGAGGAGUCUUGGAUACAUUGUUAGAUGAGUCCACAUAUACUAAAAGUGAAUCAUGUCGCAUUAGCUUUUACGCAGCUUGAUUACUUUCAUCCAUGUUCAGUAUACAUUGUACCUAUUUAGCGACGGACAGGGGCUACGGACUUAGUCAAAUCAUCGCAUGGCCAGUCAUCGCACACAUGUUUACCACACGGCUCAACGUAAUAGAGCCUCUGUCUCAAUAUCGUCCACAUAUCUCGUCUUGUACCCAUGAAAAGCCUUGAUUCUCACACCCU